AUGGAGAGUCCCGCAGCAAGAUCUAGCCUGCCAGCACCAAGGCAAAAGAAUUGCACCAGCUGCGUCCAGGUCAAAAGGCGAUGCGACAGGCGGACGCCAGUAUGCUCGCGAUGUGCGGAGAGGAAGCUCGAUUGCAUCUAUAGCAAGACCAAGCACAACACCAAUGAUCCACCCUCUUUGACGGAGGCAUUGCCGUUCGCGACCCCGGUUGGAUCUCAAUUUGGCCCCGGCCUGUCCUUUGACAUGGGUCGUCUAGGGGAGUUCCCGCCGGACCCUCAGCCAAAUGGUGCUACAGAUCCUACUUCCGCCUCCGUGAUAGAUGCGUUUGGCAGCGAAGAUGCUCCCAUGGGUAACUUCAUGGACUUACUCGGCAACUGUGGCUCAGACCAAUGGCUUGUCCUGCCCGAGGAGAACCCUUUCUUUGAGCGCCCAAGCACGCCAACCAACCACGAAAUUGACAAGGCCUAUGACAAAAUGGCACCCCUUUGCGACGAUAUCGAGCCAUGGCACAUCCACGACCCAAAGUCACCCCUGCACUACCUCACGAACCGCAUCAAAAGCUUCGUCACAGACCUAGCAACGCAAAACGCCACGCCCUUCCUGCACCGCUAUCUCUACCGGGACCACGCGCCGCAGUGCAUCCUGACCUGCUUCUCAACUAGUGUGCUCUACGCGCACCGCACCCCGGCCAACACGGGCAUGGUCAUGCGCGCCAUCCACAGCAGCGUGCGCGAACUCAUCGACGCCGAAGGCAGUCGCGGCGUCCUAGCGACGCCCACCGAGAAGCUUGGGCGCGCGCAGGCGCUGUUUCUGUACCAGAUCAUCCGCCUCUUUGACGGGGAUGUCAUUCUGCGCGGACAGGGCGAGCGGGAUAUGUGGCUGCUUGAGACGUGGCUGGGGGAGCUGUGUAAGAUACGCGAGAAUCUGGGAGAUUUCGCUCUGCUGGGCGAUGGGGUGGCUAGGAUGCAGUUGCCGCCGGAAUGGGAGAGAUGGAUAUUCGCCGAGUCUGUGCGCAGGACCAUCUUUAUGGCCUACUCGGUCAUUGCCCUGUAUGGAUUGAUGAAGGACCCGGGGCGCGAAGGUUUGAUCUCCCGAGUUUUACCGUUCAAGAUCCGGGCUGACGCAGCGACAGACGGCCUCGGUCCGUGGGCCUACGUCCAUCGCUGGACGAUUUCCCGCCCUCUGUGGGAAGCCGAAUCUUCGUUCGAGUUCAACCGGAAGUGGAAGGAGUCUCCGCAUUUCGUCAUUGCCAACUACUCGUUUGAGAGAUUUCUCGAGUUCGGAAGAGGCGAGGACGUGGACGACUUUGCGGAGAUUGUGUUGAGCGUAUACAUCGGUGUUGAUGCAACGAAAGAGUUCAUCGCCGCGCGGCCGACCUAA